GCGCUGGAGGCUGCGGCUGGGAGCUGAGCGCGGAGGAGGCGGAGGAGGAGGUGGUGGGGCGCCUUUCCCCCCUUUUUCCUUCUUCCCCUCCCUCCCCUUUCCCAGCGCCGAUCCUGACGGCAGCCAAUCGCCCACCUUUCGCCCAAGCUGCCGAGCGAGCAAAAAGUUGCACGGGAAUCGCGGCCGCGGCGGGUUGAAAAAAAAAAAAAAAGAGCCGGACUUACAAACAAAAGCAAGAAAAGAGGCGCAGAGUUGUUAUUCUUUAAAAAAAGGGGAAAAAACAAACCCACCAGCGAAAGAUUUCCCCCUGAAGGGGGAAGGGGACACAGCAGCAGCAGCAGCAGCAGCUCAACCCGCCCUCGAAGGAUUUUCCUUCCUUCUUUCCUUCCUUCUGCCAGCGGGUUUAUUGGCCAGGAAAGCGAAAUCGGACAAGCUGCCUUGCCCUCUUCUCUUGUGCUUGUUUGCCUAGCGCUGCGGUCUCCGUUAGAGAGAAGGCGAAAGCAGCAGCAGCAGAAGCAGCCAGCCAGCAGCAGCAGAAGAAGAAGCAGAGCGGCCGCAAGCAGCCUCGUGUGCGCGGGUCUCCCUCGGCGGCUCGGCGGCUCCCGGCCUCGGCGACGCACCCGCGAAGAAGAGGAGAAGAAAGUUUUCUUUGGACUUGGCUGGCCCCGAGGAAGCCGAGGCCCUGGAGUGAGGCGACGAAGCGGCACAACCACCUCCUUUCCCUCCCUCUCUCUCCGACCCCCGGAGGGAAGCCGCUCCCGCCGCUGCACCGCGCGAUGGCUGCCGAGCUCAGCAUCGGCCCCGAGCUGCCCACCAGCCCUCUGGCCAUGGAGUACGUCAACGACUUCGACCUGAUGAAAUUUGACGUGAAGAAAGAGCCGCUCGGCCGAGCCGAUCGCUCGGGCAGGCACUGCACCCGCCUCCAGCCGGCUGGCUCGGUGUCCUCCACCCCCAUCAGCACCCCUUGCAGCUCGGUGCCCUCCUCGCCCAGCUUCAGCCCCACCGAGCAGAAGACGCACCUGGAGGACCUCUACUGGAUGGCCAACAGUUACCAGCAGAUGAACCCGGAGACGCUCAACCUGACGCCGGAGGACGCCGUGGAAGCCCUCAUCGGGUCCCACCAAGUGCCCCAGCAGCUCCAGAGCUUCGAGAGCUUCCGGGCCGCCGCUGCCCACCACCACCACCACCCGCAUCACCACCACCAUCACCACCACCCGUACGGAGGGGUCCCCCACGAAGACCUGUCUGGCACCGGCCACCCGCACCACCACCACCACCCGCAUCACCACCAGGCCUCUCCCACCCCCUCCACUGCGUCCAGUUCUGCAUCCCCGCAGAUGCAGAACGCGCACCCGCCUCACCCUGCCUCCUCCGCCUCCUCCGCCUCGUCUUCCAGCAGCGUGGAGGACCGGUUUUCCGACGACCAGCUGGUCUCCAUGUCGGUGCGAGAGCUCAACAGGCACCUGAGGGGCUUCACCAAGGACGAAGUGAUCCGCCUUAAGCAGAAGAGGCGGACCUUGAAGAACCGCGGCUACGCCCAGUCUUGCAGGUACAAGCGGGUCCAGCAGAAGCAUCACCUGGAGAACGAGAAGACCCAACUGAUUCAGCAGGUGGAACAGCUCAAGCAAGAGGUGACCCGGCUGGCCAGAGAAAGAGACGCCUACAAGCUCAAGUGCGAGAAACUGGCCAGCAAUGGUUUCCGAGAAGCUGGAUCCACCAGCGACAACCCGUCUUCUCCCGAGUUCUUCAUAACUUUAUCCUGGACUUUGCAAAACAAAGGGACGGGCACCGGACAAGCCAUCUAGAAAUACCCACUUUGGAGUUCCUAAACAAAACGGAAGAACACACAUGAGGGGGGAAGUGCACCAGUAGCCUGGAAAAGGAGCAAGGACAAUGUAUGCAGGUUUUUCAUAGAUUGCCUGCUUUGGAAAAAAAAAAAAAGUUGAGAUGGGACUUAACCAUGCGAGCUAGUAAAGUAGGAAAGGAAAUCAAAGUGAGAGAAACCUCCUCAGUUUUAUUGCCUGCUUGAUUAUAUAGAAAAAAAAUACAAAAAAAAUCUGCAUUAAAAAUAUUAAUCCUGCAUGCUGGACAUGUAUGGUAACUUCUAUUUUGUACCAUUUUCUUGUUUAAGAAUUUCGCAUGUUGUUGAUCAUUGACCAUACUUUUUUUUUCUGUUGUACUGUUGUUUGUUUCUUUGAAUAAGAAACUGUUGCAAAUUCUAUAUAUAAAAAACUUCUUUUUACUUGCACAUGCAACUGCUUGUUCUAUCUCUCUAUUAGCUUUAUUUUUCUUUAUUUUUCUUUUUAAAUUUGGGAGCUCAAUCCACUAGGCAUGUCUCCUGUGCAAGUUUCAUAGAAAUCAAUGAGACUGCUGCACAAGAGAACAGCUGUGGGUGGAUUGGGCUCUGUGUUAGCUUGUAAAUAUCAGCCACACCACAUAAAUCUGCACAGGGCGAAAACACAAGAACAUUUCAGCAGGCUGAUUUUCAGUGAUCAUUUGUUGCAGAAAUAAAUAACCUACAAAAAAAUUCUUGGCAUUUUGCAUUCAGAAAACAUCCAUUCGGUGCACUUUUAAAAGCUGUAGGUUCUUUUUGUUUAGUUUUAGUUUUCAUUUUGGUUUUUGUUGGGGCAGAAAGAGUUUUUGCCUUGCCUCUUUUAAUUCCCCAAUCUUAAUUAAAUUACUUGGAGGUCAAGUCUGCUGAAAUUAAGGAGAGCUGAUCUCCAGCUCUCCGUGACUAGAAAGAACCAGGUUCCUUUGUACCCAGUUGGAUUUAACUUCCAAGUAACUUUCAAUAAGUCAUCUUUUGAAAUAUUUUUUUUAAAAGAAAAACAUUAAUUCGAGAGAAAUAUAACUUUAAGUGGCGACAAGGGAUGAUUUUAGUGGUUGGGUCUUGCUACAGUCCAUCAUUCAUGAUCCAGCAUCUGUGUGGGCCACCUGAUUUUAUCUCUGGCUCAGAAAAAAGAAAGAUUUGCAGUUAUUUUUCUCCCUUCUCUAAAGCAACAGUUGGCUGCUUGGUUUCUUAACUAAAACAGAGCCAGUUUCACUGACUGCAUACGAGGCAGUUGGUUUAGAGUUCUGAUUAGAGUUUUAAGUUUAUGCCUCUGUAAAAGGAUGAAUGAAUUCAGAAUGCAUAGGGGAAAAACAGCUUUCCUCUUUUAAAAAGGUGCUUUUAGCUUUGCAGCUUCCAAGUUUAGUUUUUGCAAUGUUUAAUCUGCUUUUUCACGCAGCCACUGAGUGUACCCAAAACUUUUAGUAGUUUGGCAAUUUUAUGGGUGUUUAUUAUAAUUAUUAUUUCUUGUGAUUCCCUCUCCCUUUUUUUCUCCCCUUUCUUUUUCCUCCUGCAGGUCAGUAAAAGGAUUUUACGUUGCACUGACAAAAAUACCAAAAUGAAAACCUUUAUUUUUUAGUUUCCUUUUAGAAUUUGCUGGCACUGCUGGCCGGAUGCAUUUUGAGUUUGUAUUAGUUUAUAAAUUAACAGUAAUACCAAGAAUCGUGAAAAAUGAAAAGCAUGGUGCUUGCAGUUUUAAAUAUUGUGAAUAUUAAUAGUCAUGCAUCAGAAAAUACCCCUCUAAGCUUUUGGGUUUUUAUGGAUUCAACUGUGUUGAAAUCACAGCGUUGCAGCAGCAGAAAAUGUUUUUAUUUCAUGUAAACGUUCUGAAGGGAUCAAUUUCAAAUCCUGCUUAUGAUAUGAAAAAUAUUAAAAAAAACACCUCUUGGUCUUA